UGACACCAAUAUAUGAUGAAGAAUCAGCCCAUUCCACACGUUCGGGGACUUGGUCAGUCCAAAGUAAGCUUCCCCGUGACGUACGUAACUACCUUACUACAUACUACCCUACUGCUGAAAGGGAUGGAUGGAUCCCCUCAAUCUCAGGUGUCAAUUUUUCUUAGUUUCUUUCUUUCCUUCAUCCCACUUUGGAUGUAUCGUGGCGCUUGUUCAGGUGGGACGGCAGUCUCUCUUCUGCUCUAUUCGUUUCCCUGUUUCCCCCUCGCUUGCAGUGCUUUCAUGCUUGUUCCUCAUCGAGAUCCUGUACUAGAUUACCUCAACUCGAAUGAAUAUGACGUUCCCAUCUC